AUGGGUGCGACAGCCGACACAGGUAUACCAGGCGAGGAGUUAACAUUCCCCUCGCUCGGCACCGAGGACGGCCUCAUCUCCUGCGGGCCGGGCCAGUUCCUCUGCCGCGACGGCUCCCGCUGCGUGCCCGCUGCGUGGCGCUGCGACGCGCGCGACCACUGCCCCGACGGCUCGGACGAGAUACACUGCGAGCACCUAAGCCACUCCGAUGCCGCAAACGCCACAGACACAUCGCCCUGCAGCCAGGGGCAGUUCCGCUGCGCCACCGGGCGCUGCAUACCGGCCGCGUGGCGCUGCGACGGCGACACGGACUGCGGCCAGCGGGACCACUCCGACGAGGACCCCUUCACGUGCCAGAAGGAGUUCAAAUGUCCAAACAACACGGCGCGGUGCGCGACACCCCUAGGUGGGGUGUUCGAGUGCGUCCCUAUCCGGUCGUUCUGCGACUCCAUACGCGACUGCCGCGACGGUUCAGACGAGUGGGACAUCUGUGACAACUUCACGAAAGCCCAAUGCGGCCCGCUGAAAUGCGCAGAGGGGUGUAGACCCACGCACGAAGGACUCGCCUGCUAUUGCCAGGAUGGAUAUCAGCACGUCAAUGGGAAAUGCGAAGAUUUAGACGAGUGUCAACAAGAAGCGACGUGUCCACAAUGGUGCCGCAACACGCCCGGCUCUUAUACCUGCCUGUGUGCACCCGGGUACAAGCUGUCUGGCGGCUCUUGUGUUGCUGUUAACGACCGACCAGACGAGCCAGCAUCUCUGCUGGUGAUCACUCAGAAGGGCAUAUCUCGGGUGUGGCCCGAUGGGCACGCACCGCCUAAGAAGGACAACCUCACGCUGACGGCGCUGCAAGUUAAGGCUAUGGACUUCGACUAUUCAAACAGGUCUUUCUGCUACGUCCACCACAACCUCAGCCGCUCUGGCAUAAUGUGCGUGUCUGUCGAUGACUUCUCGAAGAAGUGGCAGCGCGACCCGCCGACGCUGUUCCCUUCUGUUGACUCGGUAAACUUCAUGGCGCUGGACUGGGUGUCGGGCGCUUGGUACCUGGUGGACGGCGCGGCGGGCGCCAUGUUCGUGUGCUCGCGGGACUUAGCGCACUGCCGCCUGCUGCAGGACUCCUUGGCUAAGCUCCGGGGGCUAGCCAUCGACCCUACGCCGCCCCAGCAGAACGAUAACCAACCUCAUGGCUUCAUAUUCUGGUCGGUGUGGGGCGGCUCGCCGGCGCGCGUGGUGCGCACGGAGCUGUGGGGCGGCGCGCCCACAGACCUGGCGUCGUCCCGCCUGGUGUACCCCACGGCGCUCACGCUGGACCUGACCAACAAGUGGCUCUACUGGGUCGACGCUUAUAUGGACAGCGUGGAGAGGAGCGACUACUAUGGAGGGAAUAGAGUCACUGUUUUCAGGGCGUACGAGUCUGAACGAGUAUCCCUUAUUUCAAACUUCGAAGCCUCCCUCUACUUACCCCAAUGGAACAACCAGAGCGUGCUGAUGACGUCACGCUACGCACGCACACACGCACGCACGCCCACGCACACACAGAAGAUCAUACCCGUGUCCGCACGGGUCACGGCUGCGUUGGUGUUCCAUAGGCAAAGGCAGCCAGUCGUGUCACACCCGUGUGCAGUCCACAACGGCGGCUGCACGCACAUAUGCGUGACCGCAUGGCGGGGAACGACACCGCGCGCGCACUGCCUGUGUCGUCACGGGUACAAGGCGGUCCACACUCAUCCGCACCAGCCCCCCGUCUGUCACAGAGUGGACGUAGACCAGUACCUGCUAGUAGCACGCGGCUCGCCGCCGAUAGUGCAAGCCAUAGUGACGCAGCACCCGCAGUGGGAGGCCGCAGCGCCCGCCGCCGCCGCGAGGCCCACGGCAGCUGACGUGCACCUGGCGGCAGAGUACAUGUACUUCUCUGAUGUGCACAGAUACGAGAUUGUGCGGCAGAAGUUAGAUGGCACCGGUCGGGAAGUUUUCAUAGAGGAAGACGUUGAUAACUGCGAAGGGCUAGCCAUCGAUUGGAUGGGUAAAAAUCUAUACUGGACGGACGACGCACUGGGUCAAAUAUCUGUGGCGCGACUGUCAGCGCCGAAGCAGCGUAAGGUCCUCAUUCGGGAGCCACACUACCACCCCAGGAGCAUUGCUUUAGACCCACGUAAAGGUGUUAUGUACUGGUCCGUAUGGGCCAGCUCGUCAACCCCCAAAGGCAGUAUAGAGACUGCCGCCAUGGACGGAUCCGGGCGGCGCGUACUAGUCUCAGAAGAACUCCACUGGCCCAACGGGUUGGUCGUACAGUCGGACGAGCAGAUGCUUUAUUGGUGUGACACGUUCCUGAACAAGAUCGAAAGCUUAGACCUGGCCACCAACAAGCGCAAGACUAUCAUCUCGGCCCCGAGUGUAGACCUACAGAAGCCGUAUGGACUGGCGUUGAUCGACGGUGAUAUAAUAUGGAGUGAGCACGGCACGGGUAACAUCCGGCGCCUGGGCGCCGACGGGCAGUCAAGCCCCAGCGCCAAUGGCACUAUUCUCCGGCGCCUGCCGCCGCCGUUGUAUGAUAUUCGACGCGUCGCGGCUGCUGACAGAUUAGGUCGCAACACAUGCUCGGACACGAACGGAGGCUGCGCCGAGCUGUGCCUGGCCACGGCCGGCGGGCACUCGUGCGCGUGCGCGGCGGGGCGCGCGCCGGCGCCGGGGCGGCCCGCGGCCUGCGCGCCCGGCCCCGCGCCCGCGCCGCCCUGCGCCGCCGGCAAGUUCCACUGCGGCCGCGGGCGCUGUAUCGACGAGCUGUACGUUUGCGACGGCGACGCCGACUGCCCUGACGGCUCCGAUGAAGAUAGCUCUCCGACUGGACCAUGUGCAAAUCGGACAUGUACCGAUACUCAGAACUUCAAAUGCGACUCCAACCGUUGCAUACCGAAGACUUGGAUCUGCGACGGACAAAGAGAUUGCCUCGACGGCUCAGACGAGUCCGAGUCGGCCUGCGCCGAGCACGUCUGCGGCCCCGACCAGUUCCUCUGUGCCACCUCGAAACGCUGCAUAGCGGCCGCCUGGCGCUGCGACGGAGCCCCCGACUGUGGCAACAACGACCGCUCGGACGAGGCCGACUGUAAAGCUACAGAAAACGCAGAAUGUCACCCGCUAAUGUUCCGCUGUCCGAACGGCGGUUGCGUGCCCUGGGAGUACUACUGCGACGGGCGCGCCGACUGCGCCGACGGCGGGGACGAGCAGCGUUGCCGCGGCGUCACGCCUACACGGAAUGAUGAGGUUACGAACAAGAACAGCGUGUGCGAAGAACACGAGUUUCAGUGUGCGAAUAAAGAGUGUAUACGCAAGGAAUUUCGCUGCGAUUACCAUCCAGACUGUCUCGACAGCUCCGACGAAGCCAACUGCGAGCAACACCGAGCCACCACCCGUGCCCCCACCACCCCCCCUCCAGACGAGUGCGUCGCGCCUGCGUUGAAAUGUGACAAUGGUUCCCGCUGCGUACCUCUACUGCAGCUCUGUGAUGGAAGUUAUGAUUGUGCUGAUGGCUCAGACGAAGCUGAUCGAUGUGGCGAGCCCAUGUGCGUGGCAGCGGCAUGCACACACGAGUGCCACCCCACGCCCAGCGGCGCGGUGUGCGCGUGUCCAGCGACGCUACAUUUGCAGCGCGACGGCUUUACUUGCUCCGAGCGUCACAUCUGCCACGACUGGGGCGUGUGCAGCCAGACAUGCCAACCGCAGAAGAAUCGGCACAAAUGCACUUGCUACGACGGCUACGAGCUGGCCGAUGACGGAUUCACGUGUAAAAGCACUGAGAAAGCCACGCCUCUCCUGGUGUUCAGUAACCGUCACGAGGUCCGCGCGGUGGAACUGCCUUCCCUAACCUCUCGAGCGCUCAUCUCUUCUCUCAAGAACACGGUGGCUCUUGACUGGAAGCGGACGGGAGACCAGGUCACGCUAUACUGGACGGAUGUGGUCGAUGACCAUAUAUACUCUGGCACAGUUCAGGGGAUAGCUCUGAGCGACAUUAAGGUGGUGAUAGAGCAGGGCGUGUCGACGGCGGAGGGGUUAGCCGUCGACUGGGUGGCGAACAACCUCUAUUGGGUCGAAGGCACGCUGCGGCAGAUUGAGGUGGCUCGCCUAGACGGUCGGUACCGGCGCACUCUAGUGUCGGGCGACAUGGAGAGUCCGCGCGCUAUUGCACUUGAUCCCAAACAUGGUUACCUAUUCUGGAGUGACUGGGAGCAGUCAGCGCCGCGUAUAGAGCGAUGCAGCAUGGCCGGUGCUGACCGCACCACCGUGGUGCACGUCGACGAGAUAGCGGACGGCGCGUGGCCCAACGGCGUCACGCUCGACCACGUGGCCACCAGGCUCUACUGGAUCGACGCCAAAUCGGACUCCAUCCACACAACCCUGUACGACGGAACCGGCUACCAGCUCGUUCUGCGCGGUCACGCCAUGCUUUCCCACCCCUUCGCUGUAACCCUCUUCGAGUCGCACGUCUAUUGGACCGACUGGAGAAGCAACAGUGUGAUGCGAGCCAAUAAAUGGAAUGGCAGUGACGUGCAAGUUGUGCAGAGAACCAUGAUGCAACCUUUUGAUAUCAAGGUGAUCCACCCGAGCCGCCAGCCAGCCCUACUGGCCAACCCCUGCGCCAUGGACAACGGCAACUGCACACACCUGUGUCUCAUCGACGGACCGAACGUGCGCGUGUGUGCGUGCCCGCACGUCAUGCGGCUGGCUAAAGAUAACGUCACUUGCGAAGUGCACGAGAAAGUGGUGGUGGUCGGCAGAGCGGGCUCCAUUCGCGGCUUGGACCUCGACGCGCCCGCCCAGCCCGUCAUCCCCGCCGUGUGGGGCGCGCAGCUCGCCGCGCCACGCGCCUUGGCCGCGUUGACUUCACAACGCCUGCUAUACUGGAGCGAUGCUGAGACGAACGAGAUAAAACGCACGCGCCUCACCGGCGGCACAGCUGAGACCGUAGUGGAAGCGGCCGGCGUCGGAGGAGCCCUGGCUUUAGACUGGGCCGCUAAAGUGCUGUACUACGCAGUGCAAGGCCAACUGUGGGCCGCUGGGCCGUUAGGGGAGAGGGCUUCACCGCUCUGUGCUGUUGCUGUCACCGCUAUUGCCGUGGAUGUACAAAGGGGCAAGCUGUACUGGGCCGUGUCGAGCACAGGCGACGGCGUCGGUGCCAAGAUGGAGGCCGCAGCUGGCGACUGUAGCGAACGACGAGUCAUCAUCGACGCUACUAGAGACCCGUUACUGGCUGGGGUUCAUAGUUUGACAGUCGAGCCAAAGACCGGAUGGUUGUACUGGGUCAACCUUGCCUCUGCUUCUAUUCAGUACAUAGACGUCAAAACUGGUGAAUUCUUUACCGUUGAGCUAGCAACGGGUGCGCGUCCUCUGGCCCUGGACAUCCAUUUCGAACGGCUGCUGUGGGCCGACGGGGACGGUUUGAAAGCCUGCAGCCUGCCCCGCGAGCGGAGCCAGGCCACGCAGAGCUGUGUGGAUUCGGAGGUGCUUAGAGCUAACACCGAGAACGUGCUAUCUCUCCGCGUAUACGACGCCGCAACCCAGAACGACACUUGGGGCGCGUGCGCGCUGCGAGCGGCCGCGGCGGCGUGCGCGCACCUGUGCCUACCGGUGUCGGGCACGCGCAGCCGCUGUGUGUGCGCGGCCGGGUACACGGCCAACGGGACACAAUGCAUUCCUGAAGACGAAAUCUUGGUGUACUCGUUGAGCUGGGAGAUACGCGCGCUGUCGCUGACGGCCCCGUCCCGGACCGUACUGCCACCCAUUGCGCAGCCGGCGCUCUGCACCGCGCUCGACUAUCGUGCAGACGGUGACUGGAUAUACUGGGCGGACUCUGAAAGCGGCGCAGUGGCGCGCGCUCGACGCGACGGUACCGGACGAGCGGCGUUGGUCUCUCAGCCGGAACCACUCGACGCGCAGCCCGUGGACUGGCUUUCUGGCCUCGCUGUAGAUUGGGUCGCUGGCAACAUCUACUGGUCGGACCCCCGCCGUAACCUUGUUGAAGUCGCUCGAGCGAAUGGCGAUCACCGCUACGUUCUCAUCGAUACCGACCCGCUAGCCGUUACUACCUUAGCAGUGGAUGCAGUACGCGGUUGGCUCUUCCUGUCCGGCGGGGGCUGGAUCCAACGCUCGCGGCUCGACGGCUCGCAGCGGGAGCUGCUAUACAACGGCACUGCCGUUGCCGAUAUCGCUUUGGACUCUGAGAACGAGAUGGUAUACUGGGCGGACACGUUCGACGUCUCCCUCUGGCGCAUGCGCUACGACGGCCGCUCCCGCGCCUGCGUGGCGCGCGGCGACCCGCUGCGGCACCCCGCCGCCGUCGCCGUGCACGCAGCCCGGCUCUACUGGAUAGACACCAUGUGGAAACGGGGUUGCAUUCUCUCCGCGCCGCUCACUAACAUCAGCGAUUACCAAGUUCUGCUGGAGAACGCUGGCGACAACCUCAAGGAUCUAUUCAUUUGGUCAAAAGCUUCCCAAACCCUGCCGUCACCGUCAUCCGGAUUAGCAGUGAACCCUUGCAGCGUCGACAACGGAGGCUGCGCCGAGCUUUGUCUAUGGGACGGCGCCAGCGCGCAUUGCGCGUGCCCGCAUGGAGAUGUCGCUGCCGACGGCAAGAACUGUACUCCGUACCAAUCGUUCCUGAUGUAUUCGCGAGUGACAAAAAUUGACAGCAUUCAUUUACAGGACGAAAAGGACCUAAACUCUCCAUAUCUGCCGAUUCAAAACAAGGACCUGAUAAGGAUAGCGAUCAGCCUAGCUUACUGGUACGAUGAAAAGCGACUGUUCUACUCGGAUAUUCAACGUGGGGCCAUCGGCUCUGUGCAUUUCAACGGCACGGACCACAAGACGCUUCUUACAAAAAUGGGUGCAGUAGAGGGCAUGGUGUUCGAGUCCCGCACCAAAACUCUGUACUGGACGUGCAACAGCGCUGCCGUGCGCCGCGUGCACAUACCCUCGCUCGACGCUCGCGCCGACAACCAAUCCUCGCAGGCCUUAGUGCGCACUGUUAUACAGUUAGCGCCUGGUGACAGGCCGAGAGGGAUAGACGUGGAUUCCUGCGAGUCACGCUUAUACUGGACAAAUUGGAACGACACGAACCCGCGCAUCCAGCGCGCCUACAGCAGCGGACACGAACUCGAGACCAUCAUCUCGAAAGACAUCCUCAUGCCCAACGGCUUGGCUAUAGAACACUCCACGCGGAUGCUGUACUGGGCAGAUGCAAGACUGGAUAAGAUUGAACGAUCGCUAUUGGAUGGGUCACAUAGACACAUCGUCGUCCGCUCAGGGGCGGAGCACCCGUUCGACGUGGCAGCCUGCGACGGCUACGUCUACUGGUCGGACUGGGUCGGUCGCGCGAUAUUAAGAGCAGACGCGAGGGGCGGUAACACACGCGCGCUGCGUAAGGACCUACCGCGCCCUAUGGGGCUUGUGUGUGUCACACCCACACAUCAGACUUGCUCCCCAGACCCCUGCGCCACCCUCAACGGCGGCUGCGCGGAGCUCUGCACCCUCUCCGCCGAGGGCGUCGUCUGCGCCUGCCGCCCCGGCCGGGAACUGAACCCGGACCGCAGCUCCUGCCGUCCCACCGCUACUCACUGCGAGGACGGACAGUUCGCGUGUGCUGAAGGCUUGUGUAUACCUGAGGAGCUGGUGUGUGAUGGCGUCAAUAAUUGUGGAUCGAGGGACGCUAGCGACGAGGACCUUUACUAUUGUACAUCACGCGUGUGUCCAACUGAUAUGACGCCGUGUGGCGCCGGCGGUCGCUGCGUACGGACCUCAUCCUUAUGCGACGGCUUCGACGAUUGUGAUGACGGAUCAGAUGAGCGCUCCUGCGAGUGUCCCGCCCAGCAGUACAGAUGUUCGGACGGCAUGUGCGUGCCGGUGUCGUCCCGGUGCGACGGGCUGGUGGACUGCCUGGACGGGUCGGACGAGGCGGGCUGCCCGCGCGGCUCGUGCGCGGCGCUGGGCGCGGGCGCGGAGCCUUGCGGCGGCGGCGGCUGCUUCCUGCCCGAGUGGCGCUGCGACGGCGCCAAAGACUGCCCCGACGGCACCGACGAGCAGGGCUGCGACGUAGACAGCACAACCCGCAGCUCCAUGCACUCUUUAGCCCCAUGCGACGUGGAUCAGUUCACCUGCGGCAGCCCUGAACGUGGCGACAUCGAGUGUAUACCGCUAACGUGGCGGUGCGACGGCGUCGUCGACUGCUCUGACGGCUCUGACGAGACUCUACACUGCGGCCACAAGAACACAACUAAAUGCACAGUAGACCAGUUCUCGUGCGGCGCGCUAUGUUUGCCGCUGAGCGCGCGCUGCGACGGCUCCGCGGACUGCCCGCGCGGGGACGACGAGGCGGACUGCUCGUGCGCGCCUACCGCCUUCCGCUGUGCCAGCGACAAGACCUGUCUGCACGAGGGCCUGUACUGCGACGGCGACGUGGACUGCUCGGACGGGUCGGACGAGCCGCCGGGCUGCAGCCGCGCCUCCCCCUCGCCUGCUUCCUCCCCCUCCCCCCCGGCGUGCGCGGAGCCGGGCGCGCUGCGCUGCGCGGGGCGCUGCGUGGCGGCCGAGCUGGUGUGCGACGGCCGCGACCACUGCGGCGACGGCGGCGGCGGCGGCGCCGGCGGCGACGAGGACCCCUUCAUGUGCUCAUCAUACUCCCGCGCAACGGCCUCGGACGCGGCGCUAGGCGUCGCCGCGACCUCCCGCUCGGCGUGCGCGGCCGGCGAGUGGCAGUGCGCGAACCGCGCGUGCGUGCCGCGCGCCGCGCUCUGCGACGGACAGGACCACUGCGGGGACUUCAGCGACGAGAGGAGAUGCAAUAUAAACGAGUGCUCGAUCCGCAAUGGCGGCUGCUCGCAGAACUGCACCGACCUGCCGGUGGGCUACGCGUGCUGGUGCCGCGCCGGGUACCGCCGCGCCGGCCCGCAGUGCCGCGACGUAGACGAGUGCGCGGAGCUGGCGUGCGAGCACGGCUGCAGGAACACAAUCGGCAGCUUCCAUUGCAAAUGCGAGAAAGGCUACAGACUCAUGGAGGACGGCCUCAGCUGUGCGCCGAUCUCCAAUGAACCGGCAUCUCUUAUCUUCACGAACCGCUACUACAUCCGUCGAGUCACCCUCGACCCCUCACACACCAGCUCUCUCCUCAUCCACGAUCUCACCAACGCCGUAGCGCUUGAUAUGGAGUGGGAGAAACGGUGUCUCUACUGGAGCGACGUUGCCAGACUUGGCAGCUCGAUCAAGAAGGCUUGCAGCGAGCCGGGACAGAACGCGUCACGAUACCAGCUUCUCCACGGCGCGACUCUCCAAAACCCCGACGGGUUGGCCGUCGACUGGGUGGCCGGCAACAUAUACUGGUGCGAUAAGGGCACGGACACACUGGAAGUGUCGCGCACGGACGGCGCACACAGACGGGUGCUGCUGAGGACUGGGCUGCAGGAGCCAAGAGCGUUGGCAUUACAUCCUGCUAGAGGCACCAUCUAUUGGUCCGACUGGGGCACCAACGCGCACAUCGGCCGCGCCGGCAUGGACGGUUCCACGCCUUCGAUCAUCAUCAGCGCCGGACUUGGCUGGCCCAACGCCCUGGUCAUAGCCCACGCUUCGAAUGAACUGUACUUCGCUGAUGCGAGAGAGGACUAUAUCGCUGUCGCGGAUUUGGAUGGGAAGCAUGUAAAAGUGCUGUUCUCUAGAGAUCGCAUGCCCUGGCUCCGUUUACAUCACGUGUUCGCGUUGACCGUGUGGGAAGGUCGCAUUUACUGGAGCGACUGGGAGACCCGGGCCAUAGAGAGCUGCCGCCGGCGACCCAACCCGCACUAUAAACCGAACGCUACAGAGGACCCUAGCUCGGGCGGUGCCUACGAAUGCAAGACCAUCGCUCACACCGUCCACAAACCUAUGGACUUACGAGUUCACCACCCGGCCAGACAACCGGCGUCACCAGAAUUGACAGCGCUCUGCGCAAAGCUGAACUGCACCGGUCUCUGCCUACUCACGCCGGCCACAAAGGACAGGCCGGUCGGAGCGCGCUGCGAGUGCCCAGAACACUUCGUACUGCAGCCUGAUGGGCGUAGCUGUUCGCCGAACUGCACGAGCGCGCACUUUGUGUGCAACACGACGCUUAAGUGCGUCCCGUUCUGGUGGCGCUGUGACACGCAGGAUGACUGUGGCGACGGAUCCGACGAGCCGGAGACCUGCCCGUCGUUCCGGUGUUCCCCGGGACAGUUCCAGUGUGGAAACGGCGGCCGAUGUCUCCAUCCCGCUCUAAUAUGCGACGCCACGCCGCACUGCGCUGACGGGAGCGACGAGAAAGACUGCGACACGUUCACCUGCCUGUCAUCGCAGUUCAAAUGCCAGGGCAACGCGACGGCGGGCGUGUCGGCCCGCUGCGUGUCGGGCGCGGCGCGGUGCGACGGGCAGCGCGACUGCCCCGCCGGCGACGACGAGCUCGACUGCCCGCCGCGCUCCUGCAAGCCCGACCACUUCAUGUGCGGCGACGGGUCGUGCGUGCCGGGCGUGUGGGUGUGCGACGCGGACGCGGACUGCGCGGACGGCGCCGACGAGGGCGCGCACUGCGCCGCGCGCGCCUGCCCGCCCCGCCACUUCCGCUGCGCCUCCGGACGCUGCAUCCCCAGAGACUGGCAGUGCGACGCCGAGGCGGACUGUCCGCUCCGCGAGGACGAGGCUGACUGCGGCACCGGCGCGCGUCCCGGAUGCGAGGCGACGUACUUCCGGUGCGCGGACGGGCGCUGCAUCCCGGGUCGCUGGCGCUGCGACUUCGAGGACGACUGCGGCGACUUCAGCGACGAGCUGCACUGCGAGCCCCGGAACUGCUCCGAGACUGAAUUUAGAUGUUCCAACGGCGAGUGCAUACGUGGCGCCCUACGUUGCUCCGGGGCGGCGGAAUGUGCGGACGGUUCCGACGAGACUGGCUGCGCGCCUUUAUGCGCUGCUAGAGCCAGGCCGUGCGGCAGACACAAGGACUGUGUGCUACGGUAUGUACAACGCCAUCUAGUUUACAAGUGUAGCAACACCGUGGCGCCCUACGGUGCUCCGGGGCGGCGGAAUGUGCGGACGGUUCCGACGAGACUGGCUGCGCGCCUUUAUGCGCUGCUAGAGCCAGGCCGUGCGGCAGACACAAGGACUGUGUGCUACGGUAUCGAAUGGUGGUGCGACGGGUCGGUGGACUGCGCGGACGGCGCGGACGAGGAGGCGUGCUUGGCGCCGCCCGCGCCGGCGUGCGGCGCGCGGCUCGCCUGCGCCGGCGCGGCGUGCGCGCCCGCCGCCUGGCGCUGCGACGGCCGCCGCGACUGCGUGGCGGGCGGCGACGAGGACGGCUGCGAGCGGCACAAGUGCCAACCGCCUAUGUUCAGAUGCGGCAACGACUCGUGCCUGCCGUCGGCCCUGCUAUGCGACGGCUACGUCGACUGCCCCGACGGCUCCGACGAGAACUCCAUCAUGUGCAGCAGACGUUCAUCGGAGUCGGUGUGUGACGCGGACGAGCGCAUGUGCGGCGACGGCCGCUGCGUGCCCGCAACCGCAGACUGCGACACCGGCGAAGAGGGUCCGUGCACUUGGCGCUCGUGUUCCCAGGUGUGCAUACCGAAACACGCACACAACCACACUUGCAAAUGCUUGGAAGGCUACAAACAUAGACAGUUGCCGGAUAACACUUGGAGUUGCGAAGCGAUUGGUGAGAAGGCGCAAGCAAUAGUGGCCGUCAACGGGUCCCUCCGCGCCUGGGAGCUCACGAAGAGAGAAAAGGACUCGCGGGUGCUGUAUAUAGCGGGUGACGAAAGUACCGAAAUAACAUCGAUCACAACUGCCCUUGUUGGUAACUCCUGGCUGGUAUGGUGGUCGGACACUUCAGGAAAACUGUCCACUAUAGACGCCACACACGCGCUGCAAGCGGACUCCACCACCGUCGUCCGCCCGCCCGUCAGGGUCAUAGUUCAAGACACGGCUAUUAUACGGGGUGUGACCUUCGACUGGGUGUCCGGACGUCUCUACUACACGGCUGUUACUAAAGGCGGAGAUGGCGAGGGAUAUUCGCACGGCGGUUACGGUGCGGUGUACGUGUGCGCGCCGGACGGCCGGCGGCGCGUCACUCUCAUGCGGCGCAAGAACGCCGAGCCCGACGAUAUCCUCAUACAUAACGCCACCAGACAAAUAUUCUGGUCGGACCGCGGCGCCACCCCGGGCAUCAUGGCGGCCGGGCUGGACGGCGCCGACCCGCGCUGGCUCGUCAAGCGCCGCGUCCGGCGUGUGACAGCCCUGGCUCUAUCUACAGACAGACUGUACUUCGUGGACGCGUACUACGACACGCUGGAGAGUGUCAAGUUCGAUGGCAGCGCUAGGGUUGUGCUAGCCACGUUCACUAAGCGGCCCGCUGGCGCGCCCGCGCUACAUCUACCUAGCGGUAUAGGCAACUCGACAUACAAGCCAUUCCCAGUGCCCACGGAGUCCUGCGCGCGCCUGGCGGCGUGGGAGGAGUGGGUGUGGUGCGCGGGGCGGCGGGGGCUGGCGCGCCUCCCGCGCCGCCCCGCCGCCCCCGCCGUCGCCCCGCGCGCCGCCCUGCCCGUCUCCGCGCUCGCCGUGGUGCACCCGCAACUAUGUAGGGCUGCUGCGGAUCCGUGCUUGCUUCCAAACGGGACCGGGGCGUGCCACUCCAGCGCACUGUGUGUACGCAGUGCAGCCGCUGACUUCGCCUGUCUGUGCCCCGACGGACUUACUGCCAUCAACACUACUUCCGAACCGGUUAGUUCGAAUCCGUGCUUGCUUCCGAACGGGACCGGGGCGUGCCACUCCAGCGCCCUGUGUGUACGCAGUGCAGCCGCUGACUUCGCCUGUCUGUGCCCCGACGGACUUACUGCCAUCAACACUACCUCCGAACCGAAGGACCGCGAAUGCAUCAUAACCCCCGCCGCGACCCCCGCCGAGGGUUCCUGCCCUCUCGACUGCGGGCCUGGCUCCUGUGUUGUGUCCCCAUCGGGGGCCCCUUACUGCCAAUGUGGACCCCUGUUCAGUGGUACACGAUGCCAACACUAUAGGUGCGGCGCACACUGCAAUAGGAGAGGGAAGUGUGUGGUGGAAAAGGACGGAAGCACGCUUAAGUGCCAAUGCUUCUCUGGGUACACAGGCGACCGUUGUGAAUCCGAAGUGAUGCCCGCAGUGUCGCCCUGCGCGACAUGGCAGUGCGACAACGGCGGGACUUGUCGCGAGACGAGAGGGAUAGCACGAUGCGUCUGUGCCUCUGGAUAUACAGAAACCGAAGUGAUGCCCGCAGUGUCGCCCUGCGCGACGUGGCAGUGCGACAACGGCGGGACUUGUCGCGAGACGAGAGGGAUAGCACGAUGCGUCUGUGCCUCUGGAUAUACAGGGACCCACUGCGAGCGCUGCGAUGGCGACAUGAACGGGGUCUGUGCCCCCGGUAGCGUCUGCGAGCUGACCCCCGCCGGCCCUAAAUGCAGCCCCUACUUGUGUCAGGGGCUCUGCCAGAAUCAGGGCACCUGUGUCGUAUCGUCCUCCGGGCGCGUGUCCUGCGCGUGCCCGUCCGAGUGGUCGGGCGCGCGCUGCGAGCGGCGCGCGUGCGUGGACGCCGCGUGCGCCACGCACGGCUCGCACGACACGCACGGCACGCACGCCGCGCAUGGCGCCAACGACGUGCAGGAUAGGUUCAAGUUCGGCGAGGACGAUCACGACUACAAGCCGCAUGGAAAACAUCCGAAGUCCCCAUUCUGCAGUCACGGCGACUGCGAGAACGGCGGGCGCUGCACGGCCACGUCGGCGGGCAGCCGCUGCGAGUGCAAGGGGGCCUACGGGGGGCCCUUCUGCGGCCACUAUGUGGGCCACGGACACGCGUGCACCACGGCCAACUGUAGGCCGCCGUCGCUCUGCGUGUGGACCCCUGUCGACGACCCAAUGCUGCCGGGGCAAGCGUUCUGCGCCUGCAUAGAGGGCGCCAGCUGCACCCCGCCGCACGACCGUAUAGCGGAGGCGGCGCCCAGCUCGGGAGGCGCCUGGGCCGGCGCCGGGGCCGCGGUGCUGCUGCUGCUGGUCGCCGUGGGAGCAGCGACUUACGUGCUGCACAGGAGGAGACAUGGAGCGUUCGUGCACGCGCGCCUGGCGGAUAACGUCGAGAUCAGUAACCCUAUGUAUUUAGCGGACGAUGAACCACCGAGAAGAGACCUGCUACCACCACCUAGAGAGAACGGCGGCAACCACUUCGCCAACCCCGUGUACGAGAGUAUGUACGCGCCGAGCGUGCCGCAGCCCGAGGAGCAGAACUUACUGGCCGACGCGUCUGACAGCUCGCCCGCGGAACGGGCCGCGCUCUUAUAAACUAGUUCACACUCUGACAGACAUAUAUGUCUGUGGAAAACACGGAUUUAAAAAAAUGUUGGCGUUAAUUUAAGAUCCCAUGUAAUAUUUUAAUUUCGAGAUCUUUAUUGACAGUUGAAGUUAUGGGUGGUGAGGUUUGUUUUAUGGCAAUCCUGAAAAGUUACGCGUUUUUGAGAAAAAUCAUAUUAUGAGUAACGAAAAUACGGACUAACAAUACAUUGACUUUUAAGUUACUUUAUGGGAAACAAUAUAGACCCGUAGGCCCGAGAUCCCAUGUACCAUUUUAAUUUCGAGGUUUAAACUGACAAAAUUCUUGAAGACUUGAAUAUUGGCGUAGGUAUGUGUUUAGCGUACAGUCAACGAAUUUUGAAAGAUAAACAAAUUGAUACGUUGGCCUAAUAUUAUAACGGGUUGACUGUACCUCAACCUGAAGAGUGUAACUUAUUAUUAUUAGAUCAACGCUCCACCUUUUACAGAUGUCGUGCGUAAUUAUUUUCCAUCGUAUUUUCACGGAAACGUACGAACGUGUCUUGCUAUUUCAGUCAGUCUCUGUACAAAAAAUACUCGGGUUGAUUGAAGUAGCAUGACAAAUACGAACGUUUCCGAGAAAAUACGAUGGAAAACAAUUAUGCACUACAACUGUACACUAGGUAUUGUAACUUCUGCCGAACGAAACGCGGUCUUGUGGCCGUGCUAGUGAAUAUAUUCUAUACUCUACCUUUUCCAACAUUUUGGACGCAAACCAAAGUUUGUGGAUUGUGUAAUAUGACCAAAUAGAGAAUUUUAGAUAAAAAAAAUGUAGCAUUUUCACCCACUAUGUUCGUUUUUUUUAGCAUUAGAAAGAACUUCGCAGAAGUAAGCUUGUGGUUCCAAAUCCGGCACUUUUAGCGGUAAUAAUUUGAAGUAAAUUAUAUGUAUUGACCAUGCUACAUUAGAUAAUUCAAUAAUUAUUAACGAUUAAAGAGUCUGAUAAAAACUGUACGCUUACUUCUGUGGAGUUCUUUCUAAUGCUAAAAAAAACGAACUAUAAUAGUAUGCACACGAAUACUUUUAAGCAAUCUCACUGGAAUGCAUAAAAAAUAUGAUAGUAGUGAUACCAGAUUUUCACUUAGAUUCCCAUCGUCUAAUAUUGUCAAAACUACAUUAUCCAAAUUAAAUUAGUUCCUUGAAUAAUUUUAAUUAAGUAAUUCGGUAUUUUGUGUAUCUUAAAGGUAUUGUUUAGGCAAGGAAAUCAAUUUUGUAUGUAUUAUUGUGAAAUCCUGGUUAGUGAGGUAAUUAAGUUAAUGCAUAGACGAAGGCCAAUUCGAACGUACACGCUCGUACUUGUCCGUACAUGUAUUGACUCGGGCGAGACACAAUUGACGCAAUAUAAUUCAUUCAUUUAAUUUCAUUUAUUUCUAUAACAAUAAUACAUUGUGUUAUAACUAAAAUCAAAUAUGAUUCUGAUGUUAUUGUACGGUCGAAAUGGCCUGUAUGAAAUAGUGAGACGCGUAAAAUAGUGAAAAAUUUUGUGCAUAAUUAUUUUCCAUCGUAUUUUCACGAAAAAGUUCGAACGAGUCUUACUAUUUCAGUCAAUCUCGGUACAAAAAACUCAGGUUGACUGAAGUAGCAUGACAAAUACGAACGUUUCCGAGAAAAUACGAUGGAAAACAAUUAUGCAUUCCAUCUCUAGCCGCAUUUUUUACACCUAACUAAAUAUCACUUUACAGUGCCAUACAUUUUUGUGGUAAAUAUAUUGUCAAUGUAUUUAC